CAGAAAGUACAUUGUCCAGUAAUAACAAUAAUAAUUAUGCAUAAAGAUAUUUAUGUAUAUAAAUCUAUAGGUGAGCAUUGUAUAUUCAUCACGGACAAGAUAUUCUGCUAUAAAUUACCUCAGGUCUUGAGUUCUCUGCUUGGAAGUAUUGUGAAACAAUAUCAAACCUCAAACAAAAGUACAAUGAAGUUCUCUGUAGUGUUUAUUUGUAUCCUGCAGUUGAUACUAGUCACAUCACAAGGCAAUGAAAACAAGGAUAUUGAUCAGGUUGGUCAGGAUUUGAGAAGAAAGUUUGAUGGUAUUGUUGAUGAUAUAAGAAAAGAACAAGCCGGUUUAGGAGCAGGAGCAAUUGUGGGAAUUGUAUUCGGCUGUCUCGCAGGACUUGCAAUCAUCGGUGCCGUAAUCUACUUUGUUCGACGGUGGCUAUCGUCUAGAUAAUAUGUGGUGUUUCAAAUUUUGUCCCAUUAUAAUAAUGGUUGAUGACUUAUGUAUUUUAUUUUGUGAUAUUUUGAUUGACACUUGAUUAGCUUUGGAUAAAGCACAUCUCUCUUUUCUUAAACAUUUUAACCUUGUUAUUUCAUUGUACUAAUUUUUAGUUUUCCUUCUGUAGAAUCGUUAUUAGUAAUGUAAAACAAACUUAUCACAUUGUUUCUUGA